CUGUUGUGAGAACGCGAUCGUUCUAUUGACCGACAAUGAGUGGUAGAGGCAAAACCGGUGGUAAGGCUAGGGCGAAGGCAAAGACUCGUUCUUCCAGGGCAGGACUUCAGUUCCCCGUUGGUCGUGUUCACAGACUUCUCCGUAAAGGGAAUUACGGUGAGCGCGUCGGUGCUGGUGCCCCGGUGUAUCUGGCCGCUGUGCUCGAGUAUCUGACGGCUGAGAUCCUGGAGCUGGCUGGAAACGCAGCUCGGGACAACAAGAAGACCCGUAUCAUCCCCCGUCACCUGCAACUGGCGGUGCGCAACGACGAGGAGCUCAACAAACUCCUGGGCGGAGUGACCAUCGCUCAGGGCGGCGUGCUGCCCAACAUCCAGGCCGUGCUGCUGCCCAAGAAGACCGAGAAACCCGCCAAAACCAAAUAAGCAGAUUCGAGUCCGUUUCUGAAACCCAAAGGCUCUUUUCAGAGCCACCCAUAUCGUUUUCCAGAGAGCGCUUGUCUGUUAGUUCGUCUUAUCAAGUAACGAGAGUACCAUACAGCUUUUAGAAUAAGAUAGAUAUUUAUCAGCCAGUUAAAUUACGGCUGUUGAGUUUGGGUGGCUGCAAAUACC